AUGGAUGAAAUUUGUAAUGUAUUAAAGGAAUUUAUUUCACAAAGUGAUAAACGAAGUGAUACAGAAAGUAUUUCACAAAGUGAUAAACGAAGUGAUACAGAAAGUAUUUCACAAAGUGAAACACCAAGUGAUACUGGAAGUAUUUCACAAAGUGAAACACCAAGUGAUAAUUCAAGAAGAGAUAGCAUAAUUGAUUUAUUCAAAGAAUACAGCGCGAGCACAAAAGACAAAACAGAAGUUAAUUCAAAACUUAAAAAAAUAAACUGCAAUAAACUUAUGACAUUUGAUGCUAAUGUGUGGUUUAAAUAUCCUACCAACAUGUUCUUCCAACCAAUACCAGCUAAAGAUAAAAUCACUUACACAAAUAAAGAAGUAGAAGUAGAAAUAGUAUACGAAGAAAAUUUUAAAACUCCACCUUAUAGAGAUUAUAUUUUGAUUUUAAGAGAUCUUAGAAAUAAAUAUAAACGAGAAGGCAAGAAUGAUUACGGUGAUGGUGGAAUCAUAUUUGGUUUAUAUUUAGCGCCAAAAGUCAAAUAUAAUAUCAUUCUAACUUCUGAUGGUGUUUUAAAAGAAAAGAAAACGUUAAAGGGUUAUUUUAAUAAUAAGACAGGUGUAGAAGAUUAUAUUCGGUUGGCUAGUGGACAUGAUAUGUCGAAUGAAUUUAACAAAAGAUGGGAAAGGAGUUUCACGAAUGGUAUAGUUAUUCCAAAGGAUGAUGAUAAACAAAAGAAAGUUUUUAAAAGUUAUUUGAAUUUUGUAACGAGAAAACUACCAAACAGUGAAGGAAUUAUGUAUCCUUAUAGUGAUAAAGAUGAGUAUAGUUUUGAUGAAAACUAUGAAUUUGAUGAUUUCGGUUACCUAUAUAUUCAAGAAGAGAAUGAAGAGUGCUUAAUUACUCAAUAA